AUGGACGACAAAACCUUCAUCUCCGAAAACCUAACCCGCCUAACAGGGUCAUCAGACUCAACCCUCAUCGACUUCGUUCUCGCAACAGCCAGCACCGCCAAAUCCACCACAUCCCUCACCGAAAAACUCACAUCCUUCCUCGACGCCAAUCCCACAGAUGUCACCUCCUUCGCCCAUGAUCUCCACACACGCAUGGGCAAGGGCGCUCCCGCACCCAAGCCCACAGCGCCCGCAGACAAAAAAAGAUACCGACUCGUCGACAUGGGCGAAGACUCAGCACUUGGACCUGUGAACGUCGAGGCAGAGCGCGCACGGGAACGACGCGCAAGAGAUACCAAAGAGCGACCACGUCAUGAGCGCGAAGACAGUCGGAAGCGCGACCGCAGUCGGGAUGAGCGGGAUCGACGGACGAAGAAGUUGCGGAAAAGGGAUGAUGAUUUUGAGGAUCGGUGGGGUGAUGAGGAAAUUCCAGAAGAGGAAUAUGAGGAAGAGGAAGAAUUUGAAGAGUCGCCUUCGAAACGGACGCGGAUUGAUGAGCCUGUUGAUUCCAGGACACAGGAGGAAAUUGAUCGACAGAAGGAUUUACGGGAGAGAGACGAGUUUGCCAAACGAUUGGCUAGUAAAGAUGAUGGGAAGUCGAAGAAGAUAGUUGAGGAUCGGACGCGGGAUGGUGAGGCUGCGCGAAGACGUGCUUUGGCUGAUGAUGCUAAGGCGCGUGCUGAGAUGAUGCCUGAUUUGCGAGAACGGUCCAGACAGGAGUAUUUGAAGAAGAGGGAGACGGAGAGGUUGGCUUUGUUGAGGAGGCAGGUUGUUGAGGAGGCAGCUGAGUUACGGGAGAAUCCGAAUUUGUCUCGGAAGGAGAAGGAGGAGUUUGCGAGGAAUAGGGAGGUUUUGAGGAUUGCUGAGGAGAGAUUGAGGAUUGAUGAUCAUCGGGAUGGGUAUAUGAUGCCUGAUGAUUAUAUUACUGAGAAGGGGAAGAUUGACCGCAAGAAGAAGGAGGAUGCUUUGUAUAAGCGGUAUGUGGAUCGUGAUGAGUUGGGUCAGGAACGCUUUGUUACUGAGCAUGAGGAGUGGGAGCUUGAGCAGGCUGCCAAGGCUAAGGCUCAGAUCAAGAAGGCUGAGUUUGUUGAUGAGGGGGAUUAUGAGUAUGUCUUCGACGAUUCACAGCAGAUCAACUUUGUCAUGGACUCCAAGCUUGCUGGUACGCAGAAGCCUAUGACACAGGAGCAGCUGCGGUUCAAGGAACAGGUUGAUGCAGCUGAGAAGAAGGCUAUGAGCAUGGAAGAGACUCGAAAGAGUCUUCCUAUCUACCAAUUCCGUGAUCAGAUCAUUCAAGCUGUCGCAGACCACCAAGUCUUGAUUAUUGUCGGUGAGACUGGUUCUGGAAAGACAACUCAGAUUCCGCAAUACCUCCACGAGGCCGGGUACACAAAGGAUGGACUCAAGGUUGGCUGCACACAGCCAAGACGAGUUGCUGCCAUGAGUGUUGCGGCGCGUGUGGCAGAAGAAAUGGGCACCAAGAUCGGAAACGAAGUCGGUUACGCCAUUCGAUUCGAAGACAACACCAGCGACAAGACUAUUCUCAAGUACAUGACUGAUGGAAUGUUGCUGCGAGAGCUCUUGACCGAGCCCGAUCUGAGCCAGUACUCGGCGUUGAUGAUUGACGAGGCCCACGAACGGACAGUGCCUACUGAUAUCGCCUGUGGUCUUCUCAAAGAUAUUGCCAAGGCGCGGCCUGAUUUGAAGCUGCUCAUUUCUUCUGCGACUAUGGAUGCGCAGAAGUUCCAGAAGUACUUCGAUGAUGCGCCAAUUUUCAAUAUUCCUGGUCGCCGAUACCCCGUCGAUGUGCACUACACCUCGCAGCCUGAAGCCAACUACCUCGCUGCGGCUAUCACAACGUGUUUCCAGAUCCACGUUACCCAAGGCCCUGGAGAUAUCCUGGUGUUCUUGACCGGUCAGGAAGAGAUCGAGGCCGCAGAGCAGAGUUUAGCAGAAACGGCUCGAAAACUUGGGAGCAAAAUCCCGGAGAUGAUCAUUGCUCCGAUUUACGCCAAUCUACCCUCCGAGCUGCAGACGAAGAUUUUCGAACCUACGCCUCCCAAGGCACGAAAGGUGGUGCUUGCCACCAACAUUGCCGAGACCAGUUUGACCAUCGAUGGUAUUGUCUACGUGAUUGACCCCGGUUUCGUCAAGGAAAAUGUCUUCAACCCUCGCACCGGCAUGGAAAGUCUUGUCGUGACCCCGUGCUCCCGAGCCUCCGCCAACCAGCGCGCCGGUCGUGCAGGACGUGUCGGGCCCGGAAAAUGCUUCCGCUUGUAUACCAAAUGGGCCUACUACAACGAACUGGAAGAGAACACCACACCCGAGAUCCAACGAACCAACCUGAACAGCGUGAUUCUCAUGCUAAAAUCCCUCGGCAUCGACCAACUUCUCGACUUCGACUUCAUGGACCCCCCACCCGCCGAGACAAUCAUCCGCGCCCUCGAACAACUCUACGCCCUAGGUGCCCUCAACGACCGCGGCGAACUCACAAAAGUCGGUCGCCAAAUGGCCGAAUUCCCCACAGACCCCAUGCUCGCCAAAGCCAUCCUCGCCUCCGACAAAUACGGCUGCGUGGAAGAAGUCCUCUCAAUCGUCUCCAUGCUCGGCGAAGGCAGCGCCCUCUUCUUCAGACCAAAAGACAAAAAGAUCCACGCCGACAGCGCCCGCAACCGCUUCACCAUCAAAGAAGGAGGCGACCACCUCACCCUCCUCAACGUCUGGAACCAAUGGGUCGACUCAGACUUCAGCACAAUCUGGGCAAAAGAAAACUUCCUCCAACAACGCAGUCUUACCCGUGCCCGUGACGUCCGCGAUCAACUGGCCAAACUCUGCGACCGCGUCGAAGUCGCAGUCAGUACCUGCGGCGCUACCAAUAUCCAGCCAAUUCAGAAAGCCAUCACGGCUGGCUUCUUCCCUAAUGCUGCGCGUUUGCAGCGUGGUGGUGAUAGUUAUCGCACUAUCAAGAAUGGCCAGUCUGUUUAUCUUCAUCCUUCUAGUACACUGAUGGAGGUGAAUCCCCGUUGGGUCAUUUACUUUGAACUGGUGCUUACUAGCAAGGAGUAUAUGCGGAGUAAUAUGCCCUUGCAGGCAGAGUGGCUGGUUGAGGUUGCACCGCAUUAUUAUAAGAAGAAGGAUUUGGAGAGUCUUGGGUUGGAUCGGAAACAGUCUAAGGGGCAGGGAUUGGCUGGGGAAAAGAAAUGA